ACACUGAUGAUGGCACCAUUACAGGGUGUUCAGAAUCUUCAUUCGUUACAACAGCAAGUGAAAUCUCUUCCUAAUUUAAUGCCGAGAGUCCAGAAUGAUCCGUCACUAUCGGCCGUUUCUACACAGACCAUCUUUUCGUCAACAGAUUCAGAGUUACAAGAUGCUACCAAUAAUCUACAAAUCGACCCAAACUCAGUUUUAGAAAAUAAUAAUAUGCUAUCAUCAUUAGAUGGUGAAAAUUUGAAUUUAAACACAGUAACUUCUAAUCUCGAUUUACCAGAUGAGAAACCAGUUGAUGGAGAUGAGAAACCAACAAUAAUACAAAUCCCUGAAAAUCUUCUACCAAUGUUCAUGCCGAAAAAAGAUCCUGUGCGGAUUGGUUUAAAGGCCUCGGAAAGUGAAUUAGAAAAAUUGAAAUGUCCGAAGUGUGAUUUCCAAGCAUAUUAUCCUCAACAGUUUCAGGAACAUAUCGGAACGCAUACAGAAGCUAUUCAUAAAUGUAAAUGUUGUAAUUUUAACAGUUUUGAUCGAGAUGAACUGCUCACACAUUUUAAGGAAAGUCAUCCACGAUGUAUUUGUAAUAUUUGUGAGUUUAUGGCAGAGCAUGCGUAUGUUAUAAAACGUCACAUGGUUCGUCACAACAAUCAGGGAUGUAGCUGUAAUAUCUGUGGUAAAGUUUACAAGGAUCAGUAUAUUUUAAAGAUGCACGUAAAAAUGGUUCACAUGCCAGCCGAGGUUCUAUUUGAGUGUAAUAUAUGUCUAAAGAAAUUUACUCGGAAAGCCCAUUUAAAAAGACAUCUUCGUAUCCAUGAUCCAGAAAAGCCAUUUAAAUGUCCUCAUUGUGAUUACAGGGGCUGUGAAAGAUCAGAUAUAUCCAAACAUUUGUUAAUUCAUGAAGAACCAAAACAUGUCUGUGAAGUGUGUAACAAAGCUUUUAGACAUAUUAAAAAUAAAGAAUUACAUGUCAAGAGACAUAAUGGUCAGAAAGAUUAUAAAUGUGGUGUCUGUGGUUUCUAUGGUUACACGUUUACAGAUAUACGUAAACAUAUAGAACGUAAACAUGGUGAUAUGAAGAGUCUAGUCUGUGAUAGAUGUGGUAUGGCCUUUAAAACAGAAAUAAUAUUACGGGAACAUCAGAAGACAAGUUGUGGAGGUGUAAUAGAACAAGCACUGGCUAUAGCUACAUCAGAUGGUGGUACCAGUCAAGCCAUGAUACAAAUACCUUCUACAUUAUCUGUUGAUGGUCAACAUAUCACCAUAGACGGGCAGGAAAUAUCUGUAGAUGGUGACGGAGCCGUUAAUAUUACAUUUGAACAAGUUUUAGCAGCUGAUGAUGAAGGAAUACAGUUAAUGGAAGAACAAAUGGGCGAGGAAGAUAUAACAGUCACAGACGGUCAGGUUGUCGCAGUGACGGAUGCCGUCAACACACAGGCUAUUAUAUCUCAAGGUCAUGAAAUCAUUGAAGAUGAACAACAGGAACUGGAAUUAGACUUGGAUGACCAGGUGCAUGCAGAAGAAGUAGACUUGGAUGAACAGGUGCAUGCCGAACACGUAGAGCAAAUGUUAGCUGAUGGCUGAAAAGAGUGGUGGUGGGGCCACUUUUCAAAAUGGGGAGGGAAGAGGCCAUUUGAAAAGUGGUGAGGUAUUCCCCUGUCAGCCAUAAUAGACCCCUAUCCUAGGUUGUUUUAAUGGAUGGUAAAAGUGUUAAAAUAUGAUAUGAAAAUUGAAUGAAGAAAAGACAGCAAAAAAAAAUGGUGUGCAUGAAUGAAUGAAGCAUACAAAAUGGUGUGCAUAGCUGAAAGUAGGAAUUAAUAAUUCGUAUAAUACAAGAAAUAGGAAUUAAAUACUCAUAUUAAAGGAAGUGAAAGUAGGAAUUAAUAAGACAUGUAAUACUGGAAGUGAAAAUAGGAAUUAAAAACUCAUAAUAAAGGAAGUAAAAAUAGGAAUUAAUAAGACAUGUAGUACCGAAAGUGAAAGUAGGAAUUAAAAACUCAUAAUACAAGAAGUGAAAGUAGGAAUUAAAAACUCCUAGUACUGGAAGCGAAAGUAGAAAUUAAAAACUCCUUCUAUAGGAAGUGAAAGCAGGAAUUAGUACAAGAAGUGAAAGUAGGAAUCAGACAGAAACAGAAUAAAACCUAUCUGUGUAAUAUUGCUGCUGCCUUCUAACUAGUGCCUUUAUUCUGGUGAACAUGGAUGGAUGGGGCUAGUGCCUUGAUUGUUGUCAGCAUGGAUGGAUGGGGCUAGUGCUUUUAUUGUGGUGAAUAUGUAUGGAUGGGGUUAGUGCUUUUUUUUGUGGUGAGCAUGAAAGGAUAGUGAAAGUGUGUGCAUGAAUGAAUGAAGCAUACAAAAUGGUGUGCAUGGAUGAAUGAAGCAUACAAAAUGGUGUGCAUGAAUGAAUGAAGCAUACACAAUAGUGUGCAUGAAUGAAUGAAGCAUACAAAAUGGUGUACAUGAAUGAAUGAAGCAAACACAAUGGUCUGCAUGAAUGAUAUAUACAUAAUGAAUAAAUGAUACAUUAUACAAAAUAUAAUGAAUGAUUGAAUGAAGCAUAUGAAAUGAAUGAUUGAAUAUACAAAAUGAAAUGAAUAAAAUGAAAGUAUGGAAUGGGUGAAUGAAGCAUAAAGAAGAAUGAAUAAAAUAAAUGUUUGUGUAGGAUGAUCUAAAGAUGUUUUAUGUACAGGUUGUAAAUAAUACUGUUAAAUUAUUGAAGUAAAUAUUUUGUUAUAUAAAUACAUAAA